CAACGCUGCAGCUCGUUCCUUAAUUGAGGCCAUGUUUCCAAAUUUCGUGCCUGAGUCUGGGAAACGCCGCUCGUCGACAACAGGUGGCUAAGAGACAGUAAUCAACACUUUUCGGAUGCCCUAUCUCUUCCGGAUCAACCUACUACAACUACAAGGGAUUCUAUUCUGUGGUGAUUCUGGCCCUAGUGGACGCAGAUUACAAGUUCAUCUGGGCAGAUGUUGGUGGGAAAGGAGCAGCGUCCGAUGCACAAUUCUAUAACGGGUUUGAGCUGAAAGAAUGCAUCGAUGAUGGCUCCAUUGGCUUCCCGCCAGCUAAACCCCUGCCCAACGACAACGAGGAUGUGCCCUACCACCUAAUUGGUGACGACGUGUUCGCCUUGAGGUCUAACAUGAUGAAGCCCUAUUCUCACUGUGGUAUGAUCGACGACGAGAGGGUUUUCAACUACAGGCUGUCAAGGGCACAUCGUGUGGUCGAGAAUGCCUUUGGCAUCCUUCCCAAUAGGUUCCAGGUUCUCCUGACCACUAUGAGCCAUUCUCCAGCUACCGCAGUGGAUUACUGUGCGCCUCCAUAACAUGAACGAAGGUUGGGAAACACUGGAAUACAUUAAAGCAACAUGGACGACAGUACAGAUUCUGAAUGUCUCCAACCUAGCUCAAUUGGAGAAGCAAUCACUCCAGAAGAGAGACUUCUGCUAAACAGCCACAGUCAAUCAGAAAGUGGAGAGACCAUCUUAUUACAGUUGCUGGAAUUUAAAACACAUCUGCUUGAGGCUGUAGUGGAGCUGCACAUUCGAAGGGAUACAGAAGCCCGAUAUGAGAAUCAGCUUGGUAAAGUGGUGUUGGAGAAACAGGAGUUGGAGUGGGAGAAGGAGAAUUUACAAAACCAAAUGGAAACGUUUAAAAAACAGCAUGUGGAAUCUGUCAUCAAUGUUAAAAAGCAGUUACAGACUAAAAUAAGAAACACUGAGGAGGAGAAGGGGAAAUACAAGGUCAUUUCUGAGUUAAAAGAGAGGGAGAUUAGCAACUUGAAAGAAGAGCUGAAAUCGCUCCAGCUGCUGAAGUACAACUUUGAAAAGCAAUCCAAUGAGUUGGAACAGAAGCAAACUUUGCAGAUUCAGUCCAAAGACAGUCACCUGAUCCAAAUAGGAGAGGUUGAGAAAAGAUUUGGUGCACUAUCUAGGCAGUGUGUCACACUCAAGAAGGCACACGAGCAACUGGAGCAGAAUGUUAAUGAAGCCAUCAAAAGAAAUGAAAAACUAACAGCUACAAAUGAAAAACAUGAAGCAACCAUUCAGUCACUAAUAAAGGAGUUGCAGGAGGUCAACACCAAACUAAUAAAGGCAAAGUUGUCAUCGGUCCAACACAACAACACGUACAGCAUGAUGACACAAACAGAGCAGAAUCUAAACCAGAUGCGUUACAAACUGAGCAAGGAAAAGGAAAUAAACAAAAGACUACACGAAGAAUAUGCAGCUCUGCGUUCAGAGAAACAAGAGGUGAUAAGAUCACUGCAGCACACUCAGCAGCUUUUUUUGAACCAGACACAGGCCGUGAACAGGCUAGAGCUACAGCUGCAGACACGAGAGGAUCAGUACAAGGCCCUCAAGCAGGAACAUGAAGAGAUGCAAGAGAAAACCAAGGCAAUGGAAGAAAAAGUUUCCCAAUUGACGAGUGAGCAGCAAGAUUUUCAAGCACUGAAAGGGGCGCAUGAUAACCUCAGGCAGAAACACACCAAACUAUCUGCACAGAUGCUCCCUAGUCUUUUGGAGGGAACCAGAGAGAGACCUCCCGAUGAACCCAAAUCCAGCUUCAUGCUGCCUGUCUUUGGCACCCUUCAGAACUCAGCAGUUUCUCAGUACAAAAUCCCGGACUGUCUGGAAUGUACAAGUAUUAAGAAUAAAGUGGAUGGUGAAAUUGGAGGACAAGGAACCCCAAUGUUCCAAAUGAAGUCCGAAACUCAACUGCAAGUUCAAUGGGAGGAGACUUUUUCAAUUCAUUCACCCAUAGGGCUCCUGGGACUCUUGGAAACAAUGGACAGUGGUGAUACCCUUUUGAAUAAAAACACCAGACGCUAUAACACAAGUGAAAAGCUCUCCAAAGAAGUGUCAAAUCUCAUUUGCUCUACUUCCCAUCAGUCUGACAGUGAGUUGGCUAACAGCUUAGUGCAUGAAAUAACUAUAUCAAAUUCCGGCAACGUGUCAGGCAAUGACCAACUGACCAAACACAGAAAAAGUGACUAUGGGAGUACAAGCCAACGUGGAGCAGACUGUAGUAGGAUGGACAAAGUGAAUGAAGUAAGCAACAAUAGUGAUGGAGGGCGCAGAAAUGAAUGUGAGCCGAGGAAUACUGAAGAUCUCUUGGAAGAAAUGUGUACUGAAGAGCAGAAAAAUAUAAUUAUUUGCCAAACAGCUGAUGGUGGGAACAGUGAAGAAUAUAACAGUAUGGGUGCACACGAGUCCAACACAGAAAUAUCAGCAGAGAUCAGUAAUGGAGAGAAGGAGGAAGGAAAGACAGAAAUGAAAGCCCAGACGACUUGUGAUAUAAAGUGCAACGAUCUGCCAGACAGUGACUUUGUGGACAUCAGUGAGAAAAUAGGCUCUGUCUGUGAGGCGGACUGCCAUCAAAAGGACACAGAGAAAGUUUCAGACCGCAGUCAUGUAGAGAUGACAGAAUUUCAUCUGCUUCAAGACAUCAGCUGUCCUGAAGAGCAAAAUUUCAACAAUGGAGCGAUUGCAAUCACGCAAGAGGCUCAACACUUGUGUCAGGCUGAUGCAGAGUCAGUCAAUUCCUCGCUAACUGCAGUUGAGAAAACAGAAAUGAUGAGAUUGGAUGAAUCAACAGCUAAUUCUCACACAAAAUUUUCCAGCCUGAUUCAGUCAGCCGAGUCAGUGAGUCAGAUAAUGAUCGAACCUACUAAUAAUACAAGCACCAUGACUCACACAGAUGAAAUGAGUGGUAAAGACACAUAUGAGGUCAAGAAAACCAUUGUUGAUGCCAAAGGUGGAGCUCAUAAUCAGAGUACAGCUGAUCUUACAAAUGGAGGGAUGGAAGAUUUUGAAAGUGAUGCAUACAAGGAGGCCUGUGAGAUGGCCUUUCAGACGCAACCUGUCAGGUUUGAUAGGGAUUUGAAAAUGUCCAUUAGUCACCAAGACAAUUCAAUGGAUUCAAAGAACUCUGAAAGUGUUUUGUCAGGCUCAAUUCAACUAAAAAAUGGUAAUGUUGAAUUACUUGAGGUUUUCACAUCUAAAUUCCUUGAGCAGCCUGCUGUGAAAGAAACCCUCGUUAAUGUGGAAGAAUUGUCUUUGCCCAUUUUAAAGACCUAUCGGUCCUCGUUUGACUGGUGUGGUGCUAUAAAACAGACAGUUCUUACCACAGCUACCGCUGACUGCAACCUGCAGCCGAAUGCUCAGAACUCCUCUGUGUCUGAGCAAAAUUCAAGUUCUUCCUGCGGGCUACUUACACAGUUUCCCUGCACUUUUUCUCUUAAAAGGCAACAAAACAAAGAACCCUUGAUGAUUAUCAGAGCGUCCGACCUGUUGAAGGCCUCCAGCGCCCCUGGAUCCACAGGAUUUGGGAGGAAACAUAAGAUGAGAGAGUGGAGCAUUUUCGGGGAGAGCUUCAAAGAAACAUCAGCAAUAGAAGAAAGCAGAGUGUCAUUGCCUGCCCCUUCUUGUCCAGUUGCCAGCUUUUCCCGCACAUGGCCCACUCCUUCUAGUAAAACUUCUGUCCCCGGCGUACUUCCAAGAUCAGAUGCUGAGUUGGAACCUUUGUGCUCUCAGGAAGAGCAGCUGUCAUCAUUCAGAGCUCAGAUAUCGAAAAUUGAACAAUUCUUACAAACAGAAAGGCUCCACCUCUCCAAGCGACGACGCACAGACAACUAAACCAAGGUUUCAAUGUUUUGAAUGUAGUGUUUGCUCUAAUUUAAAAAUUACUUGGUGAAUUAUAGAUUAAAAUUAACUCAAUAUUGAUAGCUAUGGUAGCAUUUCAAGUUCUAUGUUACUGCUUUUGAGUUUAUUUUGUACAUCUCAAGAAGUUUCUUGUUCCACAUUUAUUGUUGAUAAACAGCUGUGACAAGGCAAAGGAAGACUAUGACCAUUGUGUUACAAUGUUCAGUGUUUUAGUGAAUGAAAUUAAAUUUAGAGAGAGUUAUUUUGUGUUUUGUUUUUGUUUUGUUAUUUUUACAAUACUCGAGAGUAUCUGUAAUGUUUUCCGUUGGCAUGUUUUUGUAUCUGUGGGAAAUUCUUUUGAAGCAUGCCAUUAGCUUUACACAAAUUGCUCAGAUUAACAAACAGCAAAGGCCAAGAUUUGUUUUAAUUAACAUUUAGUCUUUAAUGGUCAACGGGGGUUGCAAGUCUCAGAGGGGCUCUAACUAGUCACACCUUUUUUCAACACCUUCUGUUUCUGCAGGGCUGGUCGGGAGUAACAACACCUAUUAACAUAGAUUUAGAGCUACCAAACAGCUCAUCCUAGCUCAUUAUGAUUAACAAACAUCAAUUAACACACUGUAAGUCAAAUUAAAACAUUCUAAUUAGCCUCUUGUUAACUUUAUGUUCCCUGUGAGAGAAUAACAUAUGGCCCUAUGUUAGCAUGAGCCAUCUCACCACAGAUAGUUAGCCACUAAUUGCUGACAAAUAGCUCUCGUCAAUACACUAAUGAGGAAUUGUUAAAACCUGCUUGGUAAAGAUUAAGGGACUAACUUAUAUUCAAAUAUAACAAUCAGAUGGGUAUUCUUUGGUCUCUCGAUGAUCAGAGAUAAAACCCAUCCAUCCAGCAAUAUAACUUUCUUCUAGUAAAAUCCAUCCAUCCACCAUUCAUUUUCCAAACCGCUUAUCCUCACAAGGUUCAGGGGACUGUCAGACCCUAUCCCAGCUAACAUUGGGCAAAGGCGAACUGGUCACGUCAGUCACAGGGUACAUUUGAACACUAUCAUUGAGCAGGAAUCGAUCCCACACUGCCUGCGCCAAAUUGAGUUGAGAAUGGCUACUUCCACUACCAGAGGCAGUUACUGUAUGUUUAUCCUGUGUAUGUACUUACAGUAACAGUUCUUAUUCGCAUGACUAUAAUUUGGGAAGUUUCUGCCUGCCAAUGUAUCUGUUACCAGAUCCAAAGUUGCUCCAAUCCACUUGAGACUCAUCCUGCUCACUCGUUAAAAUUAAUGGUGCAUAAUGUGAUGGUUAGCACAGCAUCUCUGCAUGGUCCAUCUUCCUGCACUUACUGCUAAUGAAUACAUCUGAAUGUUAAUGCUCUCAU